AGAGAAGUAUGUACAAAUCAAUGGCAAAUGAAUUAACCUAGUAGUCAACAAAAUCACAAAAGGUACUAUUGUCUUCAUUCUAACACUGAAAGUCUGAAACACACAGUAACAAGACAAGAAUCUUCAAAGCUGGGAAGAUGAAUCUAACACCAGAAACACGUGGCUCUCAUCAGCUCUCACCAGCUCGCACAUUAUUUCCUUUUCUUUUUAAUCUUCAAAAAGGUUUUAAAAACAGAGGAAACGAUUCCUUCCUUCUAUGCACAUUGAAGAAAGUAAAAGUGGCACCAACAUGAGAAAGAAAAAGGAAUCGAAUAAACAAAACACUUUUUCUUUUUUUUUUCAAUCUUUUCUGCAAAGACCCAUCAAUAAUGACACAUUUGGAAUUUCAUCGGAAACUACGUCCUUAAGGUCCACAAAAAUUCCAUUCAAAGCACGCACUUUCGAGAACAAAGACUGCUUCAAAAGAAUCAAAAGAACAAUUUUCUUUCGCAUUUAUAAGGUUUGAUUGUCACUUGGUUUGAUUGUCACUUGGAAACAGACGAGGCACCAUUACAACUAUUAACUCAAGGUUUUCAAAUAUUAUCAAACAAAUGGCGACGCUCCAGAGAUUCAAGUUCCUAGCGACGCAGUGUGGAGUUGAACAGAGCCCCACACGAAGUCCAAGCCCUAGUACAAGUCCUUUGGUACAGUUUCGUCGCAAGAAGACAACCCUAAAGAUGCUUCUGAGUCUUAGAUCGCCUAGCCGCCGGGAGCAGCCAGUGAUUCAUCAGGCUACUGACAAGGACGUGGCUGGACGCAAACUGAAAGACUUAUUCGUCUCUUCGUCUCCUCUAGAGGAGGAAGAAGAAGAAGAGGAGAGACCGAAGGGGAAGACAAAAGAAGAAGUUCUUGCAGCCAUGGCAGCUAUUAAACUAAACGCAUCUGCUAGUUCACAGUUGGAGUCAGCGGUUUGGUUCGGAUUCAGCAAGAGGCUCCUCAAGCGAGCUUGGCGUCCUACGCUUGGUACCAUUACUGAGUAAUUUUUUUGCCUUUAUUAUGUGACAAUGGAAACCAUUUGUUUCCUAUAUGAACAAACAUAUAUCCCUUUUUAAAUUCUCGUCUCUUUGGCCACAAA